AAGGGUAAGCCGCCUCCCCACCACUCCCUCGCGCCUGUAUAAUCCGUGCCGAAUUUCCCUCUCCGCCGUCCCGUGCUUCAGUUUCCUAGUAGUUCCAUCUUCCUCUCCUCCCUCUGUCUCGUGCUCUGACCCGCCCGAUCGAGCUCCAGUCGCGGCACAAUGCGGCUGUAAAGAGUAAACUCUCUCGUGUAGUCUACGGCCGCUGCGCCCUAGUGCUGCCGUCGUACUAAGGUCGGCGUCACCGCCGACGCCGAUCGCACGCGUCGCCGCCAUCGCCGUUCCCGUUCGCGUCCCCGAUAUUGGACAUUGGUUUUUGAGAAAGAUGGCGUCCCAUAUUGUUGGAUACCCUCGCAUGGGCCCCAAGAGGGAGCUCAAGUUUGCCUUGGAGUCUUUCUGGGAUGGGAAGAGUAGCGCUGAAGAUCUGGAGAAGGUUGCCACUGACCUCAGGGCCAGCAUCUGGAAACAAAUGUCUGAGGCUGGGAUCAAGUACAUCCCCAGCAACACCUUCUCAUACUAUGACCAGGUGCUUGACACGACGGCCAUGCUUGGCGCUGUCCCAGACCGCUACUCUUGGACUGGAGGGGAGAUCGGUCACAGCACCUACUUCUCAAUGGCCAGGGGCAAUGCCACUGUCCCUGCUAUGGAGAUGACCAAGUGGUUCGACACCAACUACCACUUCAUUGUACCUGAAUUGGGCCCAGAAACCAAGUUCUCAUAUGCUUCACACAAGGCUGUCUCUGAAUAUAAGGAGGCAAAGGCGCUCGGUGUUGACACUGUUCCAGUGCUGGUUGGACCAGUCUCAUACUUGCUGCUCUCUAAGCCUGCAAAGGGUGUGGAGAAAUCAUUCUCUCUUCUUUCACUUGUUGGUAGCAUUCUUCCCAUCUACAAAGAGGUUAUUGCUGAGCUGAAAGCAGCUGGUGCUUCAUGGAUUCAGUUUGAUGAGCCCACGCUUGUUAAGGACCUUGAUGCUCAUCAAUUGGCUGCAUUCACUUCGGCAUACACUGAUCUUGAGUCAUCACUCUCUGGAUUGAAUGUACUUAUUGAGACAUACUUCGCUGAUGUUCCUGCUGAGUCCUACAAGACCCUCACUUCAUUGAGCGGUGUGACUGCCUAUGGUUUUGAUCUUGUCCGUGGAACUAAGACACUUGAUCUUGUCAAGAGUGUGGGUUUCCCGUCUGGGAAAUACUUGUUUGCUGGUGUUGUAGAUGGACGGAACAUUUGGGCUGAUGAUCUUGCUGCAUCUCUCAGCACUCUUCAGUCUCUUGAGGCUGUUGUUGGCAAGGAUAAGCUUGUGGUGUCCACCUCUUGCUCGUUGAUGCACACUGCUGUUGAUCUUGUAAACGAGACUAAGCUUGACAGUGAGAUCAAGUCAUGGCUUGCAUUUGCUGCCCAAAAGGUGGUUGAGGUGAAUGCUCUUGGCAAGGCUUUGGCUGGUCAAAAGGAUGAGGCUUACUUUGCAGCAAACGCUGCUGCUCAGGCCUCAAGGAAAUCAUCUCCCAGAGUGAAUAAUGAGGAAGUUCAGAAGGCUGCGGCUGCUUUGAAGGGCUCUGACCACCGACGUGCUACCACUGUUUCUGCUAGACUGGACGCUCAGCAGAAAAAGCUCAACCUACCUGUCCUUCCAACAACCACAAUUGGUUCAUUCCCUCAGACUAUGGACCUAAGGAGGGUCCGCCGUGAGUACAAGGCGAAGAAAAUCUCUGAGGAAGAGUAUGUCAGUGCUAUCAAGGAAGAAAUUAGCAAGGUUGUCAAGAUCCAGGAGGAGCUUGACAUUGAUGUGCUAGUGCAUGGAGAGCCUGAGAGAAAUGACAUGGUUGAGUACUUUGGUGAGCAAUUAUCUGGUUUUGCGUUUACUGCCAAUGGAUGGGUGCAAUCUUAUGGAUCACGUUGCGUGAAGCCACCUAUUAUUUAUGGUGAUGUCAGCCGCCCCAACCCCAUGACAGUCUUCUGGUCCAAGAUUGCUCAGAGCAUGACCAAGCGCCCCAUGAAGGGAAUGUUGACUGGUCCUGUCACAAUCCUCAAUUGGUCUUUUGUCAGGAACGACCAGCCAAGGUUUGAGACAUGCUACCAGAUUGCUCUUGCAAUUAAGAAGGAGGUUGAGGAUCUUGAAGCUGGUGGCAUUCAGGUGAUCCAGAUCGAUGAGGCUGCUUUAAGAGAGGGCCUUCCGCUGCGCAAGUCCGAGCAUGCUUUCUACUUGGACUGGGCUGUCCACUCUUUCAGAAUCACCAACUGCGGAGUACAGGACACCACUCAGAUACACACACACAUGUGCUACUCUAACUUCAACGAUAUCAUUCACUCCAUCAUUAAUAUGGAUGCCGAUGUCAUCACCAUUGAGAACUCCCGUUCUGAUGAGAAGCUCCUGUCCGUCUUCCGUGAGGGUGUGACAUACGGUGCUGGCAUUGGCCCUGGCGUCUAUGAUAUCCACUCUCCCAGGAUCCCCUCCACAGAGGAGAUUGCUGACCGCGUCAACAAGAUGCUUGCCGUGCUCGACACUAACAUCCUGUGGGUGAACCCUGACUGUGGUCUCAAGACCCGCAAGUAUGCUGAGGUGAAGCCUGCCCUAACCAACAUGGUUUCUGCCGCCAAGCUCAUCCGCACUCAGCUCGCCAGCACAAAAUGAACAACUGGAUAGUACCUCGUCCUAAAGUUGGAACCAAAGUUGGAACAAGACGCAAGCGGCCAUUUGUUUCAAUAAUCUGGGUCUUAUUGUACCCGUGGUGUUUGGUUAGGUUAGUCUUGUUUGGAUACACCGUUACAUGUUGUAUUUUAUAUUUGGUGGGUAUUUUUUUCUUCCUUUCAGGAUGUUAUCUGGAGUAUAUGUGCUACAGUUUAUAAACUGAAUUGAGAAAAUGCAGUCAUUGUUUUGCAUC